ACCCCCGCCCGCACCCCCCACCCCCCACAGCCCCCUGGCCCUGCUGCACAUCGGCCCCGGCUCCGAGAAGGAGAUCGAUGACGUCAUCGAUGAGAUCAUCAGCCUCGAGUCCAGCUACGACGAGCUGCUGAGCUUCGGCCCCGCCGAGGGGCCCCUCCAGCUCCCCAGCACGCUGCCCGCCCCCGGGCCCCUCCUGGAGGUUUUCAGCCCCCCCCAGGGCGGCAGCAGCUCCUGCCCGGCCGAGCUGCCCCGGGUCAAGGCCGAGCUCUCAGAAACGGAGGCGAAGGCUCUGCUGAAGGAGCGGCAGAAGAAGGACAACCACAACCUGAUCGAGCGGCGCCGGCGCUUCAACAUCAACGACCGGAUCAAGGAAUUGGGGACCCUCAUCCCCAAAUCCAACGACCCGGAGAUGCGCUGGAACAAGGGCACGAUCCUGAAGGCCUCGGUGGAUUACAUCAGGAAGCUGCAGAAGGAGACCCAGCGCUCCCGGGAGCUGGAGCUGCACCAGCAGCGCCUGGAGCAGGCAAAUCGCAGCCUCCAGCUCCGGGUCCAGGAACUGGAGCUGCAGGCGCAGGUUCACGGGCUGCCCCUCAUCCCCCCCGUGGCUCCCAUGGCCGAGGUGGGCUGCGAGGAGGCCUCCGGCGGCCCCCCCUUCCCCCCGGGCCCCCCCUCCACUCCCCAGUGCCUCCUGGACCUGGCGGUGGCCGACGAGCUGCCCUCGGAGCUGGGCCUGCCCCUCGACCUGGGGGGGCCCGAGGGGAGCCUGGAUGACAUCCUGAUGGACGACGGGGGGGGGCUGUCGCCCCUCGGCCCCCCCGGCGCCCUCCUGGCCUCCCCCGGGCCCUCCCGUGCCUCCAGCCCCCGCAGCAGCCUCAGCAUGGAGGACGAGUCCUGAGCACCCCCCUGGAAGGACCCUCGGGCGGAGCCCUCGUAGGGACCCCCCCUUCACCACGCGGCCCUUUGAAGGACCCCCCCGCAACACCCCUGAGGCCCCUGCGAGGU